UUUAGAUGGGAUGAAAUGAUAGAAAACGGUCAAAUUUAUGUGAAUGAAGAUGAUCGUGAAAUUUUUUGUCAUGAUGAAAAGUUGCAACGAAGAUGUGAAGCUGUUACUGAUGAACUUCAGAACAGAAUCCAGAGUCAAAGCAAAAAAGAUUCUGGCAGAGAGAGUGUUGACAGUCCAGAGAGUGAUAUAAGCUCAGUGACUGUUCCAAACAAACCAUCAGUAUCUCGAAGACGACAAAUUGAAUCGAGUCAUUCAAGUAUUGAAGAAAUUGCAUCAGAGAAAGAAUUUCAGGAGGAAUUGCUGCUGGAACAAUCAACUCCUAUCAAGAGAAAAUCGAAAUCAAAAAAAUCUAAUGCAAAAUUGAAUAAAUCUAUUGAUGCAGGAACUCAAACGAGGCGACCAAAAUUCAUUUUGCGGAAGCAGUCCCCAAGUUUGCUUGAAGCAAGUAGUAGCAGUAAUUCAACGUCACGUUCACCAUCACCUCAACUUGAAAGAAGAAGACAUGUGAAACAAUUGGGAUCUCCUAUUCGUCCAAGCGUCUUAAAUAAUUUCAAACAGCCCUUUAAAAAAUUUGAUGAAUCUCCAAGAAAAAGGAUAAAGAAGAGUCAUCGCCGAGAUUCUUACACAAAAGAAAUCAGAGAGAAACGACAACGUGAAAUAUCAAGGAUGCAACGACAGUCAGCUACUUCAAGGAGAAAUCUGUGGACAGAUGCUGAAGUCAAAGAAUUUCUUUCGGGACUUGAGAAACAUGGACCAGGAAAUUGGUCGACAAUACUAGAUGACGGAUACGAGGUCUUUAAUAGCAGAACUUCAGUCAUGCUGAAAGACAAGUUUCGUACAAUGAUGAAAAAUAAUACUAUACCGGAACAUUUAGUUUUAUUAUGGAAUGCUAAAAAAGCAGCAAAAGAGUAGUUUAAGCACAUUUAUAUGCAAAUAUAUAAUAAAAAUGUGAUUGCAGACGCCUUACAUUGCCAAUCAUUCUAUUUGUGGCGUGAAAAUAGAAAUAUCGAAAGCCACUGUCAUGCUUCCAAUUCCCAAAAUUUUGUCAAUAAUUCAAGCUUUUGGCUAUAAUCCACUGUUUAUGCUUGAAUUAAUUAAUUUUUUGACAGUUUUAAUUCUUUGCUAAACAUUGGGAACGUUGAGUUUUUUUGGCCGACAUUAAAUGGGAUUAUUUUUAUGCAAAUGGUUGAUUGAAAGAAAAUUGCUUGUAGGUGAAUAUACUUGCAUGGUAUGUUCCGAGUUGAAUCUUGACAAAGCUUGGUAAAAAUGGUCAGAUUAAGUUUUUAAAACCACAUAAUCCUGACAAAAUUAAUGACAAGAGCACAAUAUUCCCGAAUGACUUCGACCAAUAUUAAGUACGUAGAAUUCAUUUACACCUCCUUCAUGGUUGCUAAGUGAAUCGGGUUUGGUAGUGGUUCAGGGGAAAAUUGAGAAUGGGAAUCCUGAAAAUUUUCAACACUGAACUACAGGGAUUUGUUGGUUCAGGGAGGCUUUGUAAAUUUCUUUUGUUGGAUCAGGGUGAUUUUGUAAAAAAAAAUUCUAUCAUUUGUAUCGUGUGAAAAUGGAUAAGUUUUGAUUACGGGAAGAAAAGUUUAUAUAUUUCAGGUUAUUUUUUUAUGUUCUUUUUAUAUUAUUACAAUGUUGGUUGCAUUUUUGUCUCCCAUUUUUUCUUAUAUCUUUAAUAAUAAAAUAAUACUGCUUAAAAAUGA